GAAAGUCAAAGUAGGUUCUGUGUUAUUUUUUAUUUUUUAAUAUAAUUAGACUAUUGUAAUUAAUAUUGCAGCCAAUUAGUGCAUUUAUGAGGAUGUAAAGAGUGAAAAUCUUGUUGCAUAUCUCAUUCAUCGUGGUCCAACGGAAUCGAUAUCAGAGACUGAAGCUUUCGGUCUAUGUUUUUGUUAGUUGUCAGUCAUAACGCGUGGUUCAAGGAUUUGAAAUUUUAUUUAUAGAGUAAGACCGCCAAACUUCGGACACUUAAGACAAAACGGGGAAAACAUUAAAUUCUUUUUUUAAUUAGUGAAAGAUCAAAUAUACUAUUAUUGUGCAAAUACUGUUUAUGUAUGUCAUGAAAAGAAAAUUAGUAAAGGAAAUGGAAAACUAGAAUUAUUUACUUACCCGCCGAACCUUUUUUCAUGCCAAGCUUCGGACGUUCAUUUGUAGCGCACGUAUAGCGCGCGCGCUAAAGUGCGCAUUCAUCGGAGGUUUGGAAACCGGAUCAAAAAUCGUUCGACGGGGGUAAGUUUGACUGCGUUGAUUUCAUGAAAAAAAUAUUAUUUUCUCGUUUUGGGUACAUUUAUUUUAGGUAGAACUAUCAGAAAGGUGUUUUUCACAACACUCACACAAUAUUUUGGUGCUAAAAUCUUACGAAAGCGCUAUUUUUUCGUAGUCAAAAUGACACUCAAUGUUGCCUGUCCGAAGUUUGGAAGAGCGCCAUCUUCUGGUAGGGGUACCUGUAUAGUACCCCUAGGUCCGUGGUAACGGCCGCCAUUAGAAAAAUUUCGCGAUAGAGUGAAAAAGUAUCUCAUAAGCUCCCAUAAUUUUGGCAGAAACCACCUGAAAUAUGCCAAGGAUUUGUUUUUAAUUGAUAUAUUGGAGGCUCUAUUAACUCCCCUGUUAAGGAACUGUAAAAAUCCAGAUGUCACAAAAGCAAAAAUGGCUCAGGACCGAAGGGAUUUUAUGGAGAGCUGCAAGACGGGCGACCUACAUAGCGUUUCCUACCUGUUAGAGGUGAAGGAAGUGGAACCUAACCUGAAAGAUGAAUGGAACAGUACUGCUCUAUACUAUGCUUGCCUGUGUGGCCAUAAAAAUGUGGUCAUCUAUCUGCUAGAAAAUGGUGCUAAAUGUGAAGCAAAGACCUUUGACGGUGAACGCUGUCUAUAUGGCGCCCUCACAGAUGAGAUUCGGGACAUUCUGAAAUCCUACAAAGCAGUGGUCACUGGCCAUGCAAGAAGGAAUUUCUACCUGGAUUUCAUGAAAAGACUACUUGAGGCAAGCUGCUACAGUGACAUCACAUUCGUCAUACACAAUGAGACGUUUGCAGCCCAUCGUUGUAUCCUCCAAUCCCGCAAUGAAUACUUUGCUGAGAUGCUCGAGACAAGAUGGAAAAAUAAAAGUACUGUUCACAUCAAGUCUAGCUUGGUCAGACCGCAGGCUUUUAAAAGAGUACUGGAGUAUGUUUAUACAGGAACCUUGCAAGUACACAUUAACAUAGUUGAUGAUUGUCUGAGGUUUGCCAAGCAAUGCGGCAUGACCUCACUCAUUGAGAAGAUUAACCAAAGACUAAAAGAGAUCGAAGACUAUGUCCCUAGCAAACCUGGUACCCAUAUUCACAUUGUGAGUGUUGAACCUUCACUAGACGACACACCAGUACAAGAUGAUCUCAACCAGCUGGCCCAGAUGGCAUUUCCUGUAGAGAAAAGAGAUCCACUUGCACAAGGAGUGUUUCCUUUCUGUGGAGGUCUUUUACAAGUUCCUCCGUACACAGAUGUUUGCUUCGAAGUAGAACAGGACAAAUUCUUCUGCCACAAAAUGUUUUUCACAGAGAGAAGUGAUUACUUCAAAGGUCUCUUUGCUGAUCAUUUCAAUGAGGUAUCACUAGAUCAGAACUCCAUUCCUAUCAUCAGUCUCCAUGAAGUAACAUCAGACGUCUUUAUGCAAGUCAUCUACUACCUCUACACAGACAGUGUGAAUCUGACUGAAGAUCUAUGCUAUGAGAUACUAGUGGUAGCUGACCUCUACCUCUUGCCAGGCCUCAAGAGGCUUUGUGCCAACAAGAUCGCCUCUCAGCUGACCGAAGAAAGUGUCUUUCAGGUCCUGAGGGUUUCCCGGAUGUUCAGUCUGGUCAAGCUGGAGGAUCAGUGUGUAGAGUUCAUCAGCAGGAUAGUUGAAAGGAUAACAGACAACGAGGAGUUCAUUGAGCUUGUCAAAGAGGAUGCUGCAAGCGUUGAAAACCGUGAGGAGGUCGAUAGCAUCACCAUCAUUGACGACCUCCGUUACCACAUCGCUAAUAACCUCAAGAUGUACAGUGAGCUUCAAGAGGCACAAGAGAAGCUGAGUUACUUGGAUCAUCUUCUUCAAGAACUUGGGAUAGAGGGAUAGACUGUUAAGACUAAGAACACUAUUCUCAUGAAACAGUGCCUGCCUGGACUAAGGAUUUACUAGUAAUUUACUUAUUUUUCUCUGGGAAUAGUAUGAUCCAAGAAGUGCCAGAGAAGCUUAAUUGCCUGGAUCAUCUUCUCCUAGAACUUGGGAUACACUGGUAGACUUGGAAGGUAUUUAUCCUGUUAUGGUAUUCUCUUGAAACAAUUUUCUUGGAAUUGUGGUUAACUAGAAGUCUACCAAAAGGCUCCUAAUGAAGAAAGGUGAGUUGCAAGUUACAUAACAGAACCUGAAUUUGGGGAUCGUCUUCUCUUAGUACUAAUGGAGAUGAUAUUGUCAAGCUAAGAUCCUCAUGGUGUGGAAACACAGGGGCUGCAAACGGCCCUGCAGGAAAAGCCAUGUUGCUUGGAUCAACCGCUUCCAGGACUUGGUAUAGACUGCUAAGACUUACAGAAGAGCAACAUGUACAUGAAAAUGUAGUGUGCCUGGAUUGUUUUCUUCUAGGACUUGGCCACAAUGAGUUGUCUGAAUUAAGAUAUCUGCAGACUUGUGCUAGAACUUGAGAUUGUGAUCUACAUUUCUUUGUAGCUGUUGCAGCUGUUUUUGUGAGUAAUGCUGCUCUGUGGCAUGAGGUCAUAGUGCUGCAUUGUACAUUAUUUGGAUGAGUCAGAUAUACAAGUAGAUCUAUGCCCUGCAUACUUGGAAAAAUAUUUCAAGAGUACUUGGUGAAAUAAGGCAAUAAACACAUUGAUUUACUCCAUCUUUUCUCGAAUAUUUCUUGGUGCAGUUUUUCUACCUAACUCUUAAAUUCCUAGUGCCAAGUGAAUUUAAGCCAAAUUUUUCAAGUAGUAUGAAUAUUUUGUAGAUCUGAUUUCUGAAUGGAUUUUUUUGGUGGUAUAAAUGAUGUUCAUUUGCAGUGAAUUUCUAUUGCUGUAAACAUGCAAAAUACAUGUGUAGCAAUACUAUUUUGUGUUUUCCGAUUCAUAAGAUUCAUUCAAAAGUAUAAUGACUGCUGAGAAUACUUUUUGGUGGGAGAAUUUUAUCUUCAAAUGCAUUGCUUGGUACUUGGUAGAUGAUUCGAUCUCCACAAUACUCCUUGUGGAAUUUAACUGGAGGCUCGGUUGUAUUGAUUUCACAGAUGGACAUUAAUUUGAAAAUGGAAUAGAGGAUAGGAGUUGCUAAAGAGCAAGAUAUAUUUAUGGGUAAUGUUUAUGAGACUGAACAGUAAAAUAAUAAACUUAAAAUAAAUAAAUAAGUUUAUAAUAGGUAAAUUAUCAUAUAGUUGCAAUAGGCAAUUUAGUCUAUUCUUAAUGUAGAUUUGAAAAUAUUUAUUACAUUAUUGAUGGAUUUAUACACAGAUUUAUUUGAUAAUUAUGUAACAUAUAUAUGCUUUAUACAUAAUAUACCUUGAUAUUUGUAUCAAUCAAUCAGAGGUUAUUAAUGUGAAAAUGAUAUCUAUUAAAGGGGGAGAGCAAUAUAACAAUAUAUUAACUGUGUCAUUACAACGCAAAAAUUAAAAAAUGUUUAAAGAUUUGUACAAUAUUAGUCAGAGAUACCUUCUUACAUGCAGACAUUUUUAGUGCCCUUUGAUGAAUCUAUGAUUAUUUUCUUUUCAGUUUGUUAAACAAAGUGUUUCAAGGAGAUGUUAAGAUCAAGAAAUUUUGUUAUUAGUAUUAUUAUUUAGUUUUGUGUUGGGUGCUUUUAUUCAAAUAUUGUUUGCAGUGUUUCACUGUUUGAAACAAUUUUGGUUUUUAACUUUUAUUCAAAUAAGGUUUUAUGAAAUUGGGAACCCCUUUGAUUUAAAGUUUUAUUCAAAUUUUCUCAUGAAUCUCAUCUGUAAAGCCAUUUUUCAAUAUAGUUUAUAUAUUUUAUCAUUAUUUUGAGUAUUUUGUUCAGGUAUUUUAUAAGAUCUGGGCAUCAUUGCACACAACUUACCAUUGAUGGUAACUUUGCGAUCAAUGAUAACUACCACCGAAACCUUGACUUUGAUUGGCUGUUGAGCCCUGUUACCAUGGUAGUUGCCAUUGAUGGUAAAGUUACCAUCAACGGUAAGUUUUAUGCAACGGGCCCUGGAAGGUUUCUUUAGGACAGUUUGCACGUAAAAAAGAAGGAAAACAAAUUAUGCCUCGGUUCUUGGCUCCUUUCGUAUUUAAAAAAAAAAGUAAGCUAUUAUUCUUAUCCUUGUUCAAAGUGAGUGUACGGUUGGAACUCUUUUGAGUUAGUGACAACCACCUGGUGUUGAAUAUAACUGUUAGUUUACUCUAAUGGUGUGAUCAAGAGAUAACGUAUUCAUGAUGAAACAUUCUGUAGUAAAAGAAUUGUGACAGUUAUGCAUUUUAAUCUUGUAAUAUAUUGUUUAGUUCAGUACUCAUGGCUCCAUAUCUCAAAUCAUUAUUCUUAUAGAAUUUAGAGCCCAAAGAUAUCAGUGUUUCACCUGUUUCUGUCAACACCCCUUAUGCUUAUGCAACUUGACAUAUUUUAGCAUUGCUCGUGAGAUUUUUUUUUUUCAUGAGGUUGCCCAAUGUUUCAGAUACCGGUAUUUGGUAACUUGUUGAGAGGAAUCCCCGUGAUCCAUAUAAAAUGCACAGUAGUUGAGUCAAGACAAUGAAUAUGCACAGCAAUAAGUGUUUGCAAAAUUGCUAUGGACAAGAUGUGACAUAGAUCUUCCUCAGCAAAUUGGUGUGAGAAAUAGUGCAGGACGAAUAUAUUAAUAGUGAUUUCAUGAAAUUCAGGAUUUGAAAAGUAUGUAUAAUACUUGAAUAAAUUUGAUCUGAAAUAUCACUUGGUUUCUUGGGGGUCCAUGCAGGAAAUAUUGCACUUGGUAUACAAUUAUAUUGGACUUUUCCAUGUUUCGUCCAAUUGUUUUGUGUAGCUUACAAUUCAUGUAUUUCCUCGAGGCAUCCUGUAGUAUGCAAAGGAUUUUGCCAUCAGUGUGGAAUUAGAAUUAUGUAUAUUUGAUGCAUAUUGUGAGGACAUUAGCAUGUAUUUUUUCAGUUCAAAUGUGUGUAGAAAUAGUGAGUGCACACUUUAAACUGAAAUGAUCUUGGAUUACUACAUGGACAGUUUGUUGCAUUAAGGCUAGGCUGCAACGUCUCUUCAACUGGGUUUGUGCUGUGGUUGUAUCCCAUUUACUGGUGCUGCAUUCAAUAUUGUCUAGAAAUUUCUAACAGAAAGCUGGAAGUUAUUCUUAUGCAUUGGAAUGUGGAAUUUGACUCUUUAUUUUGUUGUUGGCAGGAUCACUCAUUAUUUGAUGAAAACGGAUGUUAAGCUGCUAUUCAGUCUAGUAAAUAUUUUCAAUAUUUCUGUGGGAGAUAUAGAAGCCGACAAGGAUUUGACUCAUUUUGAAAAAUUGUUGGUUUUGAAGUUUUGCUCACUAAAUUGUCAUUUAAUAUCUGUGUGACAAGAAAGAGCAAAUUUUUGCAUGACUGCAUCCAAUAUAGUUGCAUUUUCAUACAGUGCUUGAUGCCCCAGCUCCCCCCCCCCCCCUACUCCAGGGUCGGAAGUACUGCAUGCAUGUUCCCAAAAUGUCUGGUAAAGGGGUACUUUUCACGCACCAAAGUCAGACUCAUAGUACACAAAAAUCUGACCCGUACUGACUUUACACACCGGACUUAAUAGGGGUGUGUUUUCAAAAGGAGAGAACACGCAUAUGCGUACCCUAAAUAACACUGUGGGUUGGGCUUGAUGCCCAUAAAUUUCUAAAUGGAAUGUCAGAUUUGAAAUCCUGAAAGAAUCAACAUGUUGUUAAGCUCAAAACCAUUGUUUCCUUAGGCAAAUUGGCAACCUUUUUACAUUGCAAAAUUUUCAAAGGGAGUAACCAUUGAAAUCCUUGAACUGGCACCAUGUUGAUAAGUUUGAAUUCACUGUUUAUGCAAACACACCAUUUUAUUAUGUUUGGCAAAGGCACAUCAAUAGUGUUUUUGUUCUAAUGCACAAGUUUUUGAUACAUUACUUGUUAUUUGUAAAUUGGGAAAAUGGAGCAAUAACAAAAUAUGGGUGUGGAAGAAAACUAAUCAGAUAAGCUUUAAAACUUCUCUCUUGAAUGAUAAUGCAAUUUUAAACAUUAUUUCUUAUAUGCAUGUGGCUGACAAAUAUGAUAAAGGCAUUUACUUUAUUAUUAAGCAAUUCAACAGUAAUUAUGGAUUCAUAUUAAUGUUAGGAAAUGUCAUUUAAGUCAAUAUUGUUAUAGUCUAUUAAUGAAAUUAUAUCAAUAUUCUAGAUGCAAAUAUAUUCUAAAUUCAUAUAAUCCCAUUUUAAGCUUCCUCAUUCGAUAUGGAGAAAAUCAUCAAUUGUCAUAUUCCAUGAAAAAUUUCCCUUAAUCUAACUUAAAUCAAAAUCUGCGACCACAAUUUUACCGUUUGAUUUAAUCAACAAACAACGCAUUGAUCCCUGGUUUAAUCAAGUUCAAUGUAUUUUUCAUUCAGCACAAAUAUUUCUGAUGGUACUUUAAAUGAGCAUUACCCCGAUUUGUUUUAUGUUUCCUAUUUAGUUUUGAAACAAAGUUUCAAUAUUUGUGCGUUUCAUUUUAUUUUUGUCAAGAGUAUGUGUACCAUCUUUACUAAAAGAAGAUGUUUUGUGUAUAUAAAUCUAUAUAUUUGGCAUUGAGACGUAUAUAUGUAAUAUAUUAUGUAAUCUUUUGUUACUAUCAAUACAGAUUUCUUUGUUUCUCAGA